UCUCAUGUCCAGCAGACACUAACGGAAGCACAGCAUAUAAUCCAACCACCACUCGACAACACAUCCUUAAAAACCACCUGGUUUCCCACUUUUCACAAAACCACCAUCAACUUUCAAUGAAUCUCUGCGAUGUCACAUCGUUUACGCUCCCUAGUUAGCUUGCCACCAUUCACCCUAGCUAUUGUUAGAUCAUAUCAAAUACAGGUCAGAAAGGGCAAUUACAAGAAAAUGGGUCUUUUCUGAUUAUUGUUAUUAUUCUAAAUCGAGGGUUUCUACUUUCUGCUAGUUACGUUUUAGGUAAUCUGAUCUGAUCUAGCUUAGCUUAGCUUGUUGAAAGAAAUUAAGAUGGGGAGAGGGAAAGUGGAGCUGAAGAGGAUAGAAAACAAGAUAAACAGACAGGUUACAUUCUCCAAGAGAAGAUCUGGUUUGGCCAAGAAAGCCCACGAAAUCUCUGUUCUCUGUGAUGCAGAUGUUGCUUUGAUUGUUUUUUCCCAUAGGGGAAAGCUUUUCGAUUACUCCACUGAUUCUUGCAUGGAGAUGAUUAUUGACCGAUACGAACGAUACUCGUAUGCUGAGAAACGCAUGCUUGCAGAAACUAAUGACUCUGAAUCAUCAGACAACUGGAGCUUGGAAUAUGCUAAGCUAAAAGGAAAGAUUGAUCUUCUGCAAAGGAAUCACAAGCACUACAUGGGAGAAGAUCUGGACUCCAUGAACCAGAAAGAUCUCCAGAAUUUGGAGCAACAGCUUGAUUCUUCUCUCAGGCUGAUUCGAUCCAGAAGAAACCAGCUUCUGUUUGAUUCACUUUCUGAGCUGCAAAAAACAGAGAAGGCAAUUCUGCAGGAGAAUAAUAUGCUGGCAAAGAAGAUAAAGGAGAAGGAGAAGAUGGCAGCACAACAGGCACAGUGGGAGCAAAAUCAAGGCCCCAGUUCAACUUCAUUCCUGUCACAACAACCACUUCUUCCUUGCCAAAACAUUGGUUACCAAGGAGAAAGAGCAAAUCAAACAAGGAGAAAUGAGCUGGACCUAAACCUUGACUCACUCUACCCUCCAUGCAAUCUUGACUGCUUUACUCCAUGUGCCAAUCAAUAAGCAAUCAACACUGCUGGCCUGGCUUCAUCCCCAUAUUUUCAUUUCCUAUGAGAGUAUAGAGGAGAGAAAUAAUAUUGUCACUGAUUCCUAAUUGUAUGUUCAUGAUCUUUGACUCCUAUGCAUCUCAUGCCCUCAGUAUACUACUUUAUCAAGAACAAUUUGCACCAUUUGUCA